AUGCCGAACCUAUCUGGAUACCAGGAGCUGGAUAUCCCUUCGGCCACCGACGAAAGAUGGGAUGCAGACGACGAGGACUCUGGUUCAGAGCGCACAUUGAAUGCUUUUGACUUUGCGCCGUUGUCAAUUGUACUAGGAUCAAAACACGAAGCCCGUCGCUUAUUUCGUUUCACCGUCCGCCGUGAAGAAGACAAGUUCCUAGUUGCAUCGGGUAAGUCUGAUGGCUGGAUUGACGCCUCUCAUUUUCUCUGGACCAUGUGCGCUACACUUGCUGAUGCAGGCACCGAUCGGAAAUGGUCUGCGACAUUCGAAAAAUGGCGACCGCAGUGGGAGAAAGUCCAGACACAGGUGAAGACAUUUGGCUAUACUCAAUUUUCUUCCGAGAUCCCUCCUGCACCUGUUGAUCUUGCGCUGGUUCAAUUCUUCGGAUCCCGAGUUGACCAAGUGACUAGGGAGUUUGAGAUUGAGCAAGAGGGCCCAGACAGGGUCUCUGAUGGUCAGGAUAUCUGGACUCUCUGGCGAUAUAUUACUGAGACGCCUGCAGAUCAGAUAAGAGAGUUCCAUGUUACUCUCCGAGACACUGCAAGGCUUGUUGGCUCUCAGUAA